GGGGGGCUACCGUCUCCGGGCAGUGUGUGUGUGUAUGUGUGUGUGUAUUCGUUUCAUCGUAGCUGUGUCUUCUCAAAGGCAAACUAAUCGUGAAACGUAGUAAUAAAAGUAUGUUUACGUCUUAAGUGUUUGGUCGGAUUAUCAAAUCCUGUAUAUAUUGUGAACCAUUCCGCUUAUUAAACGCAAAAAUUUACAGACCAAGAGGAGCCUGGCUUCGUUUCUGAUCUAGAGAGGGUGUACGUCCCCUCCCCUCGAUGAAGCGUUGCUAUGCCCUCUGAUUUUAUAUCCCUCCUUACCUCGGAUCUGGACCUUAAUUCCCCUAAGUCUCUUUACUCAAAAGAGUCAGUGUAUGACCUCCUCCCUAAAGAGCUGCAGCUUCAGCCCCCAUCCGCCCAGACCGACACGGCCGCCACGAGUCAAAAAAGUGGGGGAGGGGGAGAGGCGUGCCCGCCCCCUUCUGCAACCCUGGCAUCAGAUACCCCCUCUCCCACCGCGUCCACCCCCCCGUCCGUGGCCAUGGGAGCCCCCUGCUCCGGCCCCUCCACCGCCGCCCCCGCCCCGGCCUCGGAACACCUCAAGGCCCCCCAGCACCUCCACCCCCCCGGCGGUGGGGAUGGCUCCGGGGCGGACGUGUUUGGCGGCGCGGAGGGGCCCCAGGGGAGCUGCGGGUCGGGCGGCGCAAGCGGGGCAGCCGGGGAGCCGGGGGCGGGCCCGCUGCCGCCGCCGCCGCCGCCGCACCAGAACACGCCGUCCAAGCGGCGGCCCGUGCUGAGCAUCUCCCCGCCGCCCGAGGACCUGCUGGACGACAGCCAGAUGUCCAGCCAGGAGGAGGCGGGGGGCGCCGCGGGGCCGGGGGGGCCCGACUCGGAGCACAGCAGCAGCAUGUGGGCCGACGACUCGGCCUCCAACUUCAGCCUGGUCAGCUCCAGCUCGUACAACGACAACACGGAGGUCCCCCGCAAGUCCAGGAAGCGCACCCCCCGCCAGCGGCCCGGGCCCAAGCCCGCGCUCCCCGAGGACAGCAUGGACGUGUUCGACGCCGACAGCGCCAUGGCCCCGCACUUUGUCCUCUCCCAGCUGGGCUCCGACAAGGCCGGCCCCAAGGCCAGCUCUCUGGAAACGGUCUCUCUGGUGAAGGGGGGUCUCCUGUCAGGUCAGUACCCCCCCAAGAUGGACGGCAAGGAGCUGAAGAUCCUGGUGCAGCCGGAGACGCAGCACAGAGCUCGCUAUCUGACCGAGGGCAGCCGGGGCUCUGUCAAAGACCGCACGCAGCAGAGCUUCCCCCAAGUCAAGUUGGACGGCGUGAGCGAGCCGGUGGUGCUGCAGGUGUUUGUGGCCAGCGACACCGGGAGAGUGAAGCCCCACGGGUUCUACCAGGCCUGCAAGGUGACGGGACGCAACACCACGGCCUGCAAGGAGACGGAGAUCGAGGGGACCACGGUCAUAGAGAUCCCCUUGGAGCCCAGCGGGGACAUGACGCUCGCAGUGGACUGCGUGGGGAUCCUGAAGCUACGCAACGCAGACGUCGAGGCCCGUAUCGGCGUGGCCGGCUCCAAGAAGAAGAGCACCCGGGCCCGGCUGGCCUUCAGGGUCAACAUCCCCCAGGCCGACGGCUCGGUUCUGACGCUACAGACGCCCUCCUCGCCCAUCCUCUGCACCCAGCCAGCUGGUGUCCCAGAGAUCCUGAAGAAAAGCCUCCAUAGCAGCUCUGCGACAGGAGGACAGGAAGUCUUCAUCAUUGGGAAGAACUUCCUCAAAGGAACCAAAGUCAUUUUCCAGGAAAACAUUUCAGAUGAUACAUCGUGGAAAGCCGAAGCUAAGAUUGACAUGGACCUCUUCCAUCAGAAUCAUUUGAUUGUGACGGUCCCUCCGUACCACAACCUGUCCAUCACCUCUCCCACCACCGUGGGGAUCUUCAUCAUGACCAACGCGGGUCGUUCCCACGACGCCCAGACGUUCACCUACACUCCAGAGUCUGUGGAUAGCAAAAAGCUUCUGGCAAUCAAAACAGAGGGGACUUUGAAGGCCAACGCAUGUCUGUUCGAAGGACAUCUCAAAUCGAUGACACCUGAACAGACAGAAACUUCUGGGCAACCUCCGAAACCCCAGGAGAUCACACCGAUGGAAGUCACAAGCAACCCCACUCAGACUGACGUGUUCAAGCAGGCGUCCACUGAAACCCUGAUCUCAGCGCAGAAGAACCUAGAGCUCAGUUCCAGCUCCCUCCCCUCGGUGGAGUCUUUCCCCGGCCCGAGGCCCCUGCAGCCGGAGGACGUGGAGCUCCCCCAGGCCCCGCCGGUGUUCUCCAGCCUGGAGCCGCUCGGCGGUAUACAGAAGCAAGACGUCUCCCCCACGGCCUCCUACCCCGUGUCGGCAGACACCACCCUCCCUCCCGUACCCCCGGAGGUGCCGCAGCAGUUUCUCCGAGACCCCCAGGAGAGCGUCUCUCCAGAGGCCCCGGCCGCCGCCCACGGGGUCGUCGUCGUGGCCCUUCCCCAGAUGCCGCCGCCCUCUCAGCCCCAGCCCCAGCAGGCGUCCCUCUUCCCCCAGGAAGGCGUGGCCCAGCUGGAGAGGGCCGUCAUGGAGCUGCAGGCGGAGGGCGGCAGCUCUCUCCAGCAGGUGUUCGAGGCCGCCGUGGCCCAGCAGCAGCUGAACUCGGUGCUGUACAGCCCAACGCCGUCGGCGGAGUCUCUGCAGCAACACGUCCAGGAGAACAUGAACAGCCUCUGUCUCGGUAACACGGAAAACCCCCUCGCAACGCAGCAGCACCUAGAGAUACAGCAGCAGCAGCGACAGCAUCAGCAGCAGCAGCAGCAGCAAAUGCAGUUUCAACAGCAGCAGCAGCAUCAACAACAACUGCAACAACAACAACAAAUGAUUGGCAAUCUGCAGAUUCAGCAGCAGCUGCUGUUGCAGCCCCAGGACCAGUUGCAGCAGCAGCAGAUCAUCGAGAACAUGCAACAGCAGCAGCAAGUCCUCGGCAACAUACAACUCCAGGAGCAGCAGCAGCAACAAAACCAAAUACUGAGCAACUUGCAGCAGCAGCAUCAACUGCAGCAAGAGCAACAGAACCAAGCCCUGGGCGGUCUACAGCAUCAGCAACAGAACCAGGCUCUGAAUGGUCUUCAACAGCAGCAGCAGAACCAUCCCCUGGGCAGUCUACAACCCAACCAAGCUUUGGGUGUGCUGCAACAGCACCAGGCGUUGAACAGUCUCCAGCACCAACAUCAACAGACCCACUCCCUGAGCAGUCUGCAGCAGCACCAUCAACAACAGAACCAGGCUCUGGGCGCCCUGCAGCAACAACAGAACCAAGCUCUGAAUGUGCUGCAACAGCAGCAACAGAACCAAGCCCUGAACGCGCUGCAGCAGCAACAGCAGCAGCAACAGAACCAAGUUCUGAGCAGCAUACAGCAGCAGCAACAGAACCAAGUUCUGAGCAGCAUACAGCAGCAGCAACAGAAACAAGUCCUGAACAUCAUACAGCAGCAGCAGCAACAGAACCAAGCGCUGAGCUCCCUGCAGCAGCAGCAGAACCAGGCCCUGCAGCAGCAGCAGCUGCAGGAGCAGCAGGACCUGGAGAUCUACAAGAAUCAGUUCCAGCCCCAGAUCCACUGCCCGCAGCCGCUGGCCUCGUCCCAGGCGCCGCAGUCGGUGUCCCUGCUGCAGCAGGCCGGCGAGCUGCUCACCAUCCAGACCAGCUUCCCCCAGCCGCCGCCGGCCCACACGUCGCCCCCGCACCAGCUCUUCCAGUCCCCCGGCCCCCUCCCCGAGAGCCAGAGCCCCCAGCAGCAGGUCCAGGCCGCCCUGCUCCCCAGCGCCCUGGCCGUCCUGACGGGCGUCGGCCUCAGCCCCGAGCGGCAGUCCCCCGGCUCCACGCUCUUCCUGUCCGCCAGCCCCCAGCAGCCCCCCCAGCAGCAGACGGGCCUGGCCUUCCUGUCCUCCAUGGAGACGUCUGCCAGCGAGCCGCAGUCCAUCGGCCUGUUCCCGAACCCCCAGCAGCAGAGCAUGCCCAUGGAGCAGCAGCAGCCGCAGCAGGUGGUCCCGGGCGGCCCGCAGGGCUCCCUGUUCCAGGUCCUCCCCGGCCAGGCCGCCCCCCUCCCCCAGAGUCAGCCUCAGUCCACCGGCCUGCUGCUGUGCACCACCGACCUCAGCCCCCAGGCCAUCCCCCCGGCGCUGCUCUUCAGCACCCAGAGCCCGGACGCCCCCGCCCUGGGGGGCUUGGGGGUCCGGGUCGGGAUGCCCCAGCAGCAGGACGCGGCGGAGCCCAUGUCCUUCCAGGACCAGAGCUCCCUCGGCGGCGGCGGCGGCCCUUCGUCAGGCGGCGCCCGGCGAAGGGGCCUCUACCAGGAGCAGCAGCCCAUGCAGGUGGCGCCCUGCCCGGGCGGGGUCCCCGGGGGCCAGACCGUGGAGCUGUUCCUGCCUCAGGCGUCCAUCUCCGGCCUGCCGAGCUCCAUGGACACCCGGGAGCUGAGGACGCAGGCCACGGCGUCCGGCGCCACCAUCUUCGUGGUCCAGGGCGGGGUGGGGGUGGUGGGCGCGCCCGGGCAGCAGCCGGCCGAUCACUUCUUCCAGUCGUCGGUGGGCGGGAACGCGCCGGCCCAGGGCCAGCCCAAGGUCUUUGUGUUCGGGAUCCAGAACGACCCCUCCCAGCUGCUCAGCCCCUCCGGACCCGGCCUGGCCGCCCAGAGCCAGCCCCAGAACCUGCAGCCUCUCCUGGACGCCCCCAUGGCCCAGACGGCCUCCUCCAGGCAGGCGCCCAUGCACAGCGGAUUAGUGGGCCCUCUGCAGACGAACCUUCAGGAACAGAUGGCCAGUGCCAUGCAGACAGGUACACAGUCGGCCCUGCAGUCCAGUUUACAGGCUUUGGAAACCACCUUGCCAACCCCGAUGCAGACCGGCCUGGGGACGCAGCUCCAGGGGGGCCUGCAGAACAGUCUGCCGGCCUCCGCCAACAUGGAGAAGAUCGAGGACCUUCUGGAUAGCCUGCAGAAGCAGUUAUGACUACUGGGAUCCAAUGGCCCCCGCGUGCCUGCGUGCAUGUUUGGGCGGGAAUGCGCAACGUGGAUUCCAGUGCAUAACCUCUUCAGGCCAAACAAUACAGGCGAUCUGGCCUUUCCCUGUCAACAGCCCUCCGAAUAUUUCAAUCAUUCUGGAGAAUUGAAACGCCCCACCUACUUUUUCCAGAAACACUCAUUGUGAGGUUGUGUGAAUCCCAUUUUGGUGAUCAUUGUUAUUGAUUACCGUGCAAAACGAUUUUUUGUUCGGGAGUGUAAUGAGGAGGUAUUAUCCCUCCGCGGGAUCAUGGGGGGCCCAGUGAUACCUACUGCCUCCACUGGUCUCACAUGGGCUGUGUGUGUGUGUGUGUGUGUGUGUGUGUGUGUGCGUGUCUGUGUGUGUAUCUGUGUCUGUGUCUGUGUGUGUGAGCGGUAAAUCAUGGGCCCCUAAAAGAGGUCAGGAAAGUUGGAAUGGAAGAACGUGGGACAGGAAUAUUGAUAAGAUGGGAACCGUUGUGAGAAAGGGAACGAUAAAUGUCCGACAGUGGAUCAGAUUGCACAUGCGCAGAGGAAAGAUGCGUUCAAUGUGUUUGUGAGCGUUAGACUGAAAGGCCAUGUUUCUGGCGCCAUCUAGUGUUUUGUAGUUACGUUGUUCAUUGCCUGGUUAACCAAAGCUCUUUUCCUUUUUGUACGGUUUAGGUUUAUUUUGUUUGUUGUCAAAUAACCAUUCAUUUAUGUGUGACUUUUAUAAGAGUUGGCAACUUUUACAAAAUCAAUGUGAAUUGAAAGAAACUUUACAUUAGUGAAAAUUAAUAUGUGUGGUUUUAUAAACAUUUUAUCUCAAGCACUUUAUAACCUCUUUUUGUCUAACCAGCUGAUGUGCGUGUCCAUCCACAGCUAUCUAUGGAACUAGAUGUUUUGUACUUGGACGUGUUUGUUUAAAAUAGAAAAAGUGUAACGCAUUUGUCAUUGAGAAAGUUAAUAUUUUAAACAUCUUUGAGCAUUUCUACAUUGUCGUGUUAUUAUAUACUUUUGUCCUGGUAAACAUUGUAUAGAAUAUUCACUGCUCAAUUCUUCCAUAUUCAGUCAUAAGUCAACGGAAAGACAGCGAUGUUAACCAUUCCCAUGAAGAGAACUGUCAUUUUUAAGAGUGUGUUAUAGCGAGAGGAGGGGACAGGCCCUUGAGCUUUAAUCGCUGACCGAAAAUAUGAAAUGUCUAGAUUAUGAUUGGGUUGCCGUUAACCGUUUACUGUACAAUCGAGUUCUAGUUUUACGAUGUGUUUGCUAUUUAAUUUGUCGGUUAGUUUUCUCUGAGGUGGUACAUUGUGCAGUUGGGUGCCAUGCAGAGCUGGAGUCGGGGCGACCCAUUGAACUAAACUUCUGUUACAUAGGGGGUGCCAUUUGAUUCGGCCUAUGGUGCUAUGAAACUUGACAAAAAGCACUUGUGAUUUGAUUAUUAAUACUCAAUUCAUUAUACUCAUAUCACUCGUACAGAUGUUGGAAAGGUCAGACAGAAGCAUAUAGCAUACCAAAGCACCUGUGUCAUUGUGUUCUUUUACUCAUACUUAUCCAGUUAGUUUCAUGAAGUUUACUUAUAUACAGUUAAGUUAUGCAGCUUGUUCAUGAUUCAUUAUUCAGUGUUGUCAUCAUUGUCAUUGUUGUACCUAGAUAAAGUGUAUAAGGUACUUUUGUUUUGCAGUUCAUUUGGUCACAAUGACCCAUUUCUUUCAAUUGGAGAAAUUCCAAAUGCAUUACCCGGUUCGUUUUGCAAAGUAAUGCUACUUUACUUUUCAUAUCAAAGCAGUCUGAUUAUAAUGAGCCAAUUUUGUUGACCUAAUCAGCCACCUAGAGAAAUGAGUUAAUGUAUGCAUUUGUUUACAUCUUUGUAUGCACACCAUUAUUGUCAAACAGAUGUCCAUUGUGAUCCAUUUUGAAGUAUCUUUUAUAGAAUUUCAUACUCAUGAAUACAGAGUAUUUUUGUACUCCAAAUUUUUGUAGUUUAUGCUUAUAGCAUAGAAUAUCACAAAUAUGUUAGCCUUAAAUCAGGCAUAAUUAAUUUUGAAAUUGCAACAGUCAAUCAGAUUGACCUAUUGAGCAAAUAUCUUGGAACAUAAUUCUAUCACUGCUCAUGAUUGACUAUACCCAGCUUUUAUAACAUGACCAUACUUUGAUUUGACUAAUUUCCUGUUGUUGGGGUCAUGUUAUAGGAAUACACAAAUGGCACUUUGACUCCCAUUAACUGUACAGCAGAUUUCAGUGGUGAAGCUUCCAAGCAUUCCAUUCUUUUAAGGAGGCGGGACUUAAAACAGUCAAUGAUAAUGCAAGAGGUGGAAGAACAAAGAUUCUUAAAGCCAUAUGACAACACAGAAAGCCAACCUGUGUCUUCAGUUUAGUGAAUGUAAAUUUACCUCAUGCACUGGCUAAACCUCAUGCUCCAUUUAUCGUUGGACCAAUUACAUUCUAGAGCCCCUACCACACACACACGCACACACACAAACAUACUCUCCCUACACAAAUUGGUUAAAGGAUGACAAUAAAUGUUAAAUAUCCAAAAGAUUUAAAUGUGAUACAUACUGCAGGGGGGGCAACUGUGAUGCUUUCAACAUAACUGUGUGCCUUGAUAACUCUUGUCCACCACUCGUUCAUCUCGUUACCUAACUGGCUUUGUCUACUUGUAUUAAGGCGGCGCACUUCCUGUGCGACGCCCAACAUCCACAUCAACCAUUCUGUUGCUAUCGUUAAUCACUUUCUCCAUAAAACUCAAUUGCAAAAUAUCUGUGAUGACGAGCAUCAAACUGCUGUGCAGCUUUUCCAUUCUAACGUUGUGUUGUUAACCUUUUAGUUUUUCUUGCCUCUUGAGAUUUGUACAUUUGAAGUGAAAGGGAAGCGACCGCUGAGAUUGUUACGGUGAGGAUCUGACGCUCAACAUUGAUGUUGCUGUGAAAUGAUUGACUUGAAAACGAGGAGGAGCAAUCGGAAUAAAAUAAAACAUUGAUUGCCAAUAAUAACUGCUCUCCCCCCCACACACCCCGUUUGCUUUGUAGUUCAUGUUAUUUUAACAGUCAAAUAUAUCGUAACCGUUCCGUGUAGUUUCAGCUUUCGUAUCUAGCCUUCCGGCCCAGCAAUAGGAGUAAAGGUCAACCUUAGUGUUAUAAAACAUCCUAAUUAACAUGUUAUUUGCCUUUGUCUGGUCGUUUGUAUACCCUUCUGUUUAUAUCUGUAAUCUCGCUGCUACAUUAAAUGACUGAAUACAGAUUUCAA